AUGGAAGCAAACCUAAACCCUAAACCCGAAACAGGCAUCGCCGAUGUGGGCUUGACAGUGGGAGACUACGUGGGAAAUGCCGCUGUCAUCGUCGGCAACUCGGUCGUGGAGGCUGCAGAGACCUCCAUCGAUGCACUGCCCAGCGAAAUCAAGGAUGCGGCUUCAACACUUGGAAACGUCGCCGUGGCCGCGGCAGGGGCUGUUGCUGACGUCGGCGAAGUGGUGGCCGACGCCACCGUGGAUUUGGCCGGGGACGCACUCCAUGCGGCUAAGCACUCCAUAGCGCAGGGAGUGAGACUCGCCAGCACAGUGGGAAACGAAAUCGCCAGCAAGGCUACUGCCUUGGGUGGCGAGAUUGCCAAGUUAGGGCCUCUUGCUGUGGGCCUCGCCAAAGCUGCCUGGGACGAGAUCAAGAAGUUCAUCAACUGCCUCGCCCAAUCCUUCACCCUGUGCAAGAUGCUGAUCGGUAAUAUGUGCGACUGCGACGGGGGAAGUGAUGUCAGCGCCUCCUUGUCCGGCCUCUCCAUGAAAUGCAAGUUCAAACACACAGGCGACUUCGCCCAGGGCUUUGGUAUCUCGUCCAGCAGCAGCAGUUCCUUUGAGAUGGGCGACGCCAGCAGCGGGGGCAAGAUCAAGCUGCCGGGCAACCUUUUCCAACAGCAACGGAAGCACUCGGGAACCUCCCUCAGGUCACGCAAGGCUAUGAAGGGCUCCAAGUCCAAAGCUCCGGCGGGGUCCUGCGAAUCCAGCUUAGAGCUUGCCUUGGAGGGUGUCGUCCAGUUCGAACCGACGUUGAGCAUCAGCCUGAAGACCAACGGCGACACCGAGGUGGGCGUGGAAGGCCUCGUCCGGGCCUCCUUCGAUGCCUUGGCAACGGCUGAGGGAGGCUGCGGGUUGUCCGCGGAGAGGCGGUUUCCGCAGAAGCCUCUCAAGAAGGUCGCUUGCGCCCCGCCUUUCUGCAUCAUCGUGUUGCUGCAGAUGGUGGCCGAAGUCGAGAUGAGUGGAGUCAUUACGGGCAGCGCAGAGGUCGGCGCCAGUGCCGAUUUUCACAUCCAGGGCUCCGUCCUCGUGAACCCAGGGGGCCACGCAGACGCCGACUUCCAGAACCCGACCAUCAAGCACCAGGAGGGUUUUGGCCUGGCAGCGUCGGCGUUCGGCAGCGUCCGAGUCGGCAUGGGUCCGGUACUGACAGUUUGGCCCAUGCCUGGCGUUCCGAUCGUCAUCAACCCCAUGUUCAACGCAGAGGUUCGGGCACAGGGCACGCUGCGACUUUCUUCCGGCAUGUCCCUUGCAGAGACCCAGGCGGUGACGUCCAGGACAGCGGUCACUGCCAAUACCAGCCAAGUGCACCACAUCGACAUGUGUGGAGCUGCGGCCGUGAACCUGUAUGCCGAUGUCGACAUUCAAGGCUUCGCGAUACCGAAGCCAAUCAGCGCACAGCUGGGAACCGGCUGGAUCAAGGAGAAGAUAGAAGAAUCGAUCCUAAAGGGAGCCACGGCCCUGGUCAGCGUCAUCACUGGCCCGGCGGCCUGCAUCCCUGGUGCCGGUGCAGUGACGGAUUUCGUGAUGGAUGCGGCUCGCGCGGCCGCCGGAACCAUCACGGGCCUCAUUCCGAAUCUCCAUUUGGACUUCACCACGCCCUCCAUGCAACUCCUCGGCCCCACAAAGCUGUACUGCAAAGAGGUCUUCACAUCCCCAGGCUUCGAUACGGCUCCUUGUGCCGCAGAGCUGGGUUGCAAGUUCGCCGGCCGACCUCCACCAGCCAUGGUGACCGUCCUCCCCGCAUCGCAGGUCGCCCAGCAUGUUCACACCACACACUCGGCGUCAGCGUGUUAUGACCUUCCCAUGGGGGACCGCUUCAUUCAGCUGGGUAAGUGGCGCCUUGCCGCCAUUGACGACAACCAUUUCAGCAUCUCACACAAGGAUGGGAAAACGGCGCAGAUCUUCCACAAGGAGGGCACACAGCAUCCAGGGCCACGCAGUGACUUUGGCGCUUGGGGCAGGUCCAUCGGGGCGGCGAAGGGGAUCAGCUUCGGCUUCCAGUUCAUCCAGAUCGGGAAGUUUCGCGUGGGAGCUGUGGACGAGAACCACCUUUCCAUCUCCCACAUCGGCGGCAAAACGGCGCAGAUCUUCCGAUAUGACGGCACGCUGCAGCCGGGGCCCACAACCGCCUGGUCGACCGUCGACCGCCCAGAGUCAAUGCCUGCGGGCAUCACUGCUGGCGACCGCUUCGUGCAGCUGGGAAAGUUCCGCUUGGGCGAUGCCGAUGGCCAUCACUUCCUGGUCACCCAUGACAGCGGACAGACGAUCCAGAUCUAUCGAGGCGAUGGCACGCUGCACCCAGGACCCCGUACCGACUGGACCGGGGCAAUUUCCACCAGAAGCCCCAGCGCAUGGACCUGCAAGGACUUGCCCGAGAUGGCACACGGAGCCUGCGACAGCGGAUGGGCGGGUUUUGGGGAUCGCUUCAUCCAGCUGGGGGAUUGGCGUUUGGCAGCGAUUGACGCCACGCAUUUCUCGAUUUCGCACAAGGACGGAAUGACAACACAAAUCUGGCGAGCAGAUGGGACCGUGCACAACGGGCCGCGGAAUGACUACAAUGCCUGGGGCCGACCACUAGGCUUCCCUUCUGGGAUCACGUUUGGGCCACAAUUCAUUCAGAUCGGGAAGUGGCGUCUGGGCCAGAUAGAUUUGGAUCACUUCAGCAUUGCGCACCAGGACGGCAAGACAGCCACGAUCUACCUCGCUGAUGGUACUCUGCGCACUGGGCCUCGCACAGACUUCAACGCGUGGGAUCGAAGCUCUGGGCCGGCGGGCAGCAUCACGUUCGGAGACCGGUUCAUCCAGUUCGGAAGGUUUCGCUUCGGUGAUGCGGAUGGAACUCACUUCCUCGUGACGCACUCCGGUGGGCAGACGAUUCAGAUCUUCCAUAAGCAGGGCUCGCUUCAUCCCGGCCCGCGAACCGACUGGACCGCUGCGCUGAAUGACCGCUAUCCCCAGUGGCACUGCGGAACGGUGCAAAGCAUCUUGGGAAGCUGCACGGGGAUCGCGGCUGGAAAGCACUUUCUCCAGCUCGGGGAGUGGAGGCUUGCUGCGAUCGAUGGAAACCACUUCUCCGUGUCGCACCAGGCAGGGCAGACUGCGCAGAUCUACCACGGCGCUGGAACCUUGCAUCCGGGUCCCAGAACUGACUUUGGCGCGUGGCAUCUCGAGACGAAGGAGGUUCACAGCUCCCAACGACUGGCCUUCGGAGAUCGCUUUAUCCAGUUUGGGAACUUUCGAAUGGGUGAGGUGAAUGAGGCACACUUCUCCAUCUCACACAGCGGCGGCAAGACGAGCCAAAUCUUCCACAAGCAGGGCACGUUGCAUCCCGGGCCUCGCACGGACUUUGGGCUCUGGGGUCGACCGGAGGGAGACCCCCUGGGUGUGACCUUCGGCGAUCGGUUUGUGCAGAUCGGCAACUUCCGAGUAGGCGACGUGGACGGAGUGCACUUCAGUGUCACCCAUGUGGGUGGCAAAACCGCGCAGAUCUUUCGAUCGGAUGGAACACUGGCGCCAGGGCCCCGGUCGGACUACACAACGUUUGGCCGACCGCUGACAGACUGCAAUGUCCUUGCAGACUGA